AGGUAGCCGGCGUCACGUGGUGUUCCCCCUCUGUGACGUCAUUUCCUACACAUGAAGGUGGGGAAUAGGAAAGGCUCAGGAGGAGGGAAGGGGAAGACGGAGCAACGUCGCGUGGGAACAACAAAAGGUAGGCACACACGGCCAGGUAACAUACCGAACAGGUAACCGGCACAUCUCUCGCGCUGUUCUAACUUUUCACCCAAUUCGUUCUCUACGUGUAUGCUCUCCGUUUUCUCUUCAUCUCUCUCCAAUACCCGUGUCAUUUAUUCCUCCAUGUGGACUUACCUGUAAUUUUAAAUAUUUUCAACUUGGCGAUUUUUAAUUGGCUAUAUUUCUAUACAUAUUUUGAAACUGGAAAUUAAUAUUUUAAACUCUGAAACAGAAUAAGGAGAGAAUAAAAGCAAUUAGUUUAGAGUGUUGUGAUUGUGGGUGCUGAUAGAAAAGAAAAUACUGCGUUGAGGGUAGGAAAUACUGCGCAGUCAUUCCGGUGAUUUUGGAAUCAAGGCGGCCGGUCAUUAUGUCGACCGCAGUAUCAGAAUCUUCGAUGACCAUGAGUCAAAGCAUGGAUUCAGUGAGCACCAUCACGGAGGAAGAGGUUCGAACGUUAUUUGUCAGUGGCUUGCCUAUGGAUGCGAAACCCAGAGAACUUUACCUGCUGUUUCGGGCUUAUAAGGGCUAUGAAGGAUCUCUUUUAAAAGUCACGAGUAAAAAUGGAAAAACAUCUUCGCCUGUUGGUUUUGUAACCUUCACUACAAGAGCUGGAGCUGAAGCAGCGAAACAAGAUCUGCAGCAAGGAGUUCGCUUUGAUCCAGAUUUGCCGCAGACAAUUCGCCUGGAGUUUGCCAAGAGCAACACAAAGGUUAGCAAACCGAAACAGCAGUCACCCCCUGCCGCCGCCACGCACCCUACACUCCUGCACCCUCUGGCCGGACCAGAAAUCGGAGCCGCGCUCUUGCCGGCGACCCAUGAAGGAUGGCCCCAUCUCUCCUUGUCUUACGCAGAAGUGCCCGUAUCAACGGCUCUCCAUACAGCAGCUCUUAUGCAUCCAGCCUUACAUGCACAACUGCCGGAUAUUGACAUGAGGAGCUCAACUCAAUUUUUUUUCGAUUACAAUUCCAAGCCACCCUUGACAAUGUCCCAUCCAUUGUCUCAUGCUGCUUUGGCUGGCAGCGCGGCCAUUCAUGCAACCCUCCCACCGCCCCACCUUGUAGCCAGUCCAGCAUUAGCAAGUCCGGUCGGUUCUACGUCAUCAGCAUCUGGCACACUGCCGUGCUCUACUCUAUUUGUCGCCAACCUCGGACAAUUUGUGUCUGAACAGGAACUCAAAGACCUUUUUGGAAGUUUUCCGGGUUUUUGUCGCCUACGUAUGCAUAACAAAGGCGGUGCUCCGGUGGCUUUUGUGGAAUACCAAGAUAUUCGCCUGGCCACGCAUGCAUUGCAAGCUCUACAAGGCUAUGUGCUAUUUUCUUCCGACAGGGGAGGCAUCCGAAUAGAAUACGCAAAGAACAAGAUGGGUGAAGUCAAUUGUCAAAUGGUAAAUUCACUCCUUACCCAAAAUGGAAAUUGUAUACAGCAGAAUGGAGUCAACUGAAAAUAUUAUCCAGUUUAUGAAGAUGGGAAAACAUUUUCCUCUCCUUGCUUUUUGCUAGGAGUAGAAAAAAGACAAAUUAUAUUCGCUGUAUACUAAGUUCGAUAAUUUAAGUAUAUUUUUAUAUUUUGCAUUUUUUUUAUUUUUGUUUACAAACUAAUACAAAGCAAUGAACAUCCCCUUAAUCUUAAUUUAAAUAAUAUGUUUUGUGUUCAUUUCAAAUGAAUUCGUUUUAACAUGCAUUUGUUAAUUUUGAACACUGUUGAACUGUUCUAUAUUGUCUGCUUACUGUGUAAUGCAUUGCAAGAAUUCAGCGUUUUUACUCCAUUUUGAAGUGUCUUCAUUCAAACAAAAAAAUUCUUUCAGUUCUUGUACUUAUAUUUAUUUGUAUAUUGUGUGUGGAUAAACCAUUUUCGUGAAAAUCCGAUACGUGUGGAAAAAUUUUGUAAUAAAG